GACUUAUUUCAAACUUUUGAAGCAAAUCCAUGAAGAUACUUACUGCAUCUACAAGUAAAAUUCAAGUCAUACAAUUUGCACUUCGAGAUUUCUCUUUCUAAACCCUUCCUUCACGAACAAAACCACAAACCUAUAAUACAUCACUCUCCCGAGGAAUUCAUAUGCGAAUCACUCCAAAAUCUGCUUAUUAGUUUGUAUUGUUUCUGAUUUGUUUGGAUUGGCAUGAAUCAUCGCUUACCGAGAUUCAAUCGGAAGUCAAAUAGAAAGAAAUAUGGGCCAUAGCUCCAAAAAGAAGAAGCGUGGUGGCACAGGGAGGCGCAGGGCGCCCACCAAUGACCACACUUCUAUCGACGGCGUUGGCGGCGAACUUCUAUCGGAGGAGCUUACCGCACUGCUUGCUAUAUUCCAAGAAGAUUGUGAUGUUGUCUCAGAGUCCCCACCCCGAAUCAAGAUCAAGCUAAGGCCAUAUUCGCAGGAUUCAGGUUAUGAGGAUUUAGAUGUAUCAGCUCUUCUUUCAAUAAGAUUUUUACCUGGAUAUCCUUACAAGUGUCCAAAGCUGCUGAUAAUUCCAGAAAAAGGUUUAUCAAAAUCUGAUGCAGAUAAUCUCUUGUCCUUGCUUCAUGACCAAGCUAAUUUAAAUGCUCGAGAAGGACGUGUGAUGGUUUAUAACUUAGUAGAAGCUGCACAAGAAUUCUUGUCUGAAGUUGUUCCAUUGGAGCAACCACACGUUCCAUGUGUGACUACAGAUAGGCCUUCAAAGGGGCCUUUUGUGUAUGGUUUCAUAGAUCUUUUCAUGGGCUCAGGGGAGUCAUGGCCUUGGGGACUUUCAAUUGAAGAGAACAACAAUAAAAACACUUCCUUGGAAUUGCAUCAUGCCUUAGAGGGUCCACACAAUGCUUCACUGGAGAAAGUCAAAGUCAAAGUCAACCAAAACAUGAAGACUGGGGUGGUUGAGGAUGGUGACAUGGACAAUGUGAUUAGUCCUACAUCAAGACUUGAUGAUUUGGAAGAAGAAAGUAAGAGUACCGAUUCUUUUACAUCAUCAUCUGAGGAACUAGUGGAUAAUGUUAGCAUUGGUGAGGAUUAUCCUCUGGAAGAGAAUACAGAAGAAGAAACCGAUUAUGGUGGGAUCAAAAGUGAUCAUUCAGAAUCAGUGUCAUCUGCAUCAACAGAUCAUCAUCAGAUUUCACAUACUGUGGAGAGAGAUUUGAUUCUGGCUCAUUUGUUGCGACUUGCUUGUGCUCCAAAAGGUCCACUUGCUGAUGCCUUAACUGAUGUAACAUCAGAGCUGGUUAACCUAGGGAUUGUUUCAGAACGGGUGGCAGAUUUAGCAACAGAAUCAUCAUCACAUUUUGACAGAAGCUUCAAUCAGGCUUUUGGACAUCGUAUGGUAGCCUCAAAGAUAUCUCAUUUUUGGAGAACUGUUUCUGAUUCCAGAGGGCAGCAGCAUACCUCACCUACAUUAAGCUCUCGGUAUCUGAAUGAUUUUGAGGAGCUUCAACCACUUGGCCAUGGUGGUUUUGGGCAUGUGGUGUUAUGCAAGAAUAAGCUGGAUGGAAGACAGUAUGCUGUUAAGAAGAUUCGACUAAAAGACAAAAGUCAACCUUUAGAUGACAGAAUUUUGAGAGAAGUAGCCACUCUUUCCCGAUUGCAGCAUCAACAUGUUGUACGUUACUACCAGGCAUGGUUUGAAACAGGAGUUGGUGGUUUGUAUAAUGAUGCCACUUGGGGUUCAAGGACUGCAGCAGCUAGUUCCAGUUUCAGUUUCAUAGAUCAGAGCUCAACUGAUGUUGUAGGAGUAACACAAGAUAACAAAGUUGGAACAUACCUCUAUAUUCAGAUGGAAUACUGUCCAAGGACUCUUCGACAGAUGUUUGAAUCAUAUAGUCAUUUUGACAAGAAACUGGCAUGGCAUUUGUUUAGACAAAUUGUAGAAGGCCUGGCCCACAUUCAUAGCCAAGGAAUUAUCCACCGUGACUUGACUCCAAAUAACAUUUUCUUUGAUGCUCGUAAUGAUAUUAAAAUCGGGGAUUUUGGCCUUGCUAAGUUUUUAAAGCUGGAGCAGUUGGAACAAGAUGUAGACCCUGCAGAAACAACUGGAGUGUCGGUUGAUGGGACUGGUCAGAUUGGUACUUAUUUUUAUACAGCUCCAGAAAUCGAGCAAAGAUGGCCAAAAAUCAAUGAGAAAGCAGAUAUGUACAGCUUGGGAAUCGUAUUCCUUGAGAUCUGGCAUCCCUUUAGCACCGGAAUGGAAAGACACGUUGUUCUUUCCGACUUAAAAAAGAAGGGAGAGCUUCCUUUGGAUUGGAUUACUGAGUUUCCAGAACAAGCUUCAUUAUUACGCCGCAUGAUGUCAUCAAUUCCAUCAGAUCGCCCCUCAGCCACAGAACUCCUCCAACACGCUUUCCCUCCUCGAAUGGAAUCCGAAUUAUUAGACAAUUUCUUGAGAACAAUGCAUAAUUCCGAGGACACCAGCAUAUAUGAUAAAGUUGUGGAUGCUAUCUUCAGUGAGGAGACAUUGAGCACCAAAAACCAUGCAGAAAUACCAAAAUUAGGUGGAAAUGACACGUCAUCGAUACAACAUACAGAUUUGGACACUGAAAUCCGUGAUUUGGUUUGGGAGGUAUCUGCUGCAGUGUUUAAGCUGCAUUGUGCUAAACGUUUGGAGAUAAUUCCAAUGCGUUUGCUAGGAGAUUCUCUACAAUUCAAUAGGAAUACUGUUAAGCUUUUGACAAGUGGUGGAGACAUGGUGGAACUCUGCCAUGAGCUGCGGUUGCCCUUUAUUAACUGGGUUGUUCUAAACCAGAAAUCAUCUUUCAAAAGAUUUGAAAUAUGUUAUGUAUAUCGUAGAUCAAUCGGUCAUUCGCCACCAAAUCGAUAUCUUCAGGGAGAUUUUGAUGUUAUUGGAGGUGCUUCAUCACUAACAGAGGCCGAGGUCAUCAAGGCUGCAAUGGACAUCAUAACUCGUUUUUUCGAUCCAGAAUCAUGUGAUAUACAUCUUAAUCAUGGGGAUCUAUUAGAAGCAAUUUGGUCAUGGAUUGGGAUCAAAGCUGAACAUAGACAAAAAGUAGCAGAACUUCUUUCUCUCUUGGGCUCCUUACGUCCCCAGUCCUCUGAAAGGAAAACAAAAUGGGUGGUAAUAAGACGACAACUUAGACAGGAACUUAAUAUUAGUGAAGGAGUUGUAAAUAAAUUGCAGACUGUGGGGUUAAGGUUUUGUGGAAUUGCAGAUCAAGCCCUUCCUAGAUUGAGAGGUGCCCUUCCUGCUGAUACACUUACACGCAAGGCACUUGAUGAACUUUCUCAGCUUUUUAACUAUUUACGGAUUUGGAGAAUUAAUAAAAAUGUUUUCAUCGAUCCUCUUAUGCCACCUACCCAGGGUUAUCACAAAGAUUCAUAUUUCCAGAUAUAUUUGAGGAAGGAUAGUAGUCUUGGCUCACUUACAGAAGGAACACUGCUUGCUGUUGGUGGUCGAUAUGAUUAUCUCCUUCACAAUAUGUGGCAAUCUGAAUACAAAUCAAAUCCUCCAGGAGCAGUUGGGACAAGUCUUGCUUUAGAAACCAUCAUUCAGCAUUCUUCUGUCGAUAUCUACAGACCCUUUAGAAAUGAUUCUAGCAGAAGUGUUCUUGUUUGUUCAAGAGGGGGAGGUGGUUUACUUGAGAAACGUAUGGAGCUAGUUGCCGAACUCUGGGAGGACGAUAUUAAGGCGGAGUUUGUUCCAAUUUUGGAUCCGAGCCUCACGGAGCAGUAUGAAUAUGCAAAUGAGCAUGACAUUAAAUGUCUUAUUAUCAUUUCAGACACUGGCGUUUCUCAAAAAGGAUCUGUUAAGAUUCGUCAUCUUGAGCUUAAGCGGGAGAAGGAAGUAAGCCGAGAAUCACUCACUAAAUUUUUAUCAGAAGCAAUGGCAUCACAGAAUUCAAAAUGCUGUAAGGCAAACGUAAACACAAUGUCAAAGGUUAAUUGUCCCUGCUGAUGUGGCAUAUCAUGAAUUGUUGGAUUUAGGUGCAGUGUUAUGGUUUUCACAACAUUUGUUUGAUCUCUUUAUCGAGUCAAACCAAGUUUUGACCGUUUUACCAUAUUCCUAGAAAUGUUAUUUUUUUAGCUAUGAAAGAAACUUUUAAUAAAAUAGUAAACACAAAAAUCUUCGAGUAGAAGGCCUUUCGACCUCGUGCUGAUACAUGCAGAAGCAAAACAGAGAAUUCAAGAAUUUUGUAUGUAGAUGGUUUUGGUUUGUGUUUUCUUGGG